AGAGAUCUCACGUUGGAAAAUAAAGGAGAGCCGUGGCGAUUCCUCCGUUCUGAUUCCAAUUGCCUUCUAAAGCCUUCGGUUUUCCUUUUUGGCUUCUGACUUCCGUAGAAACCGGAGGAGAAUUGCUAAUUAGGGUAUUGCUUCUCCUUCUUGCUCGGUGAGGAUGGGAUUCUCAGCCGCCAUGUUGCUGCAGCCUGUGCAACUGAAGCAGCAACAGCAGCAGCAGCGGAGUUUUUCUUCUCUGUUCGACUUCAGCAAGCAGAGAAGAGGAAGAAGACGAUCCGUUGUUCCGGUUGCGAGGCUGUUUGGGCCGGCAAUCUUCGAGGCGUCGAAGCUGAAGGUGCUGUUCUUGGGAACAGAGGAGGAGAAGCACCCGGGGAAGCUGCCGAGGGCCUACACGCUCACCCACAGCGACAUCACCGCCAAGAUCACGCUCGCCAUCUCCGACACCAUCAAUCGGGCUCAGUUGCAGGGGUGGUACAACAGGCUGCAGAGGGACGAGGUGGUGGCGGAGUGGCGGAAGGUGCGCGGGAAGAUGUCGCUGCACGUGCACUGCCACAUCAGCGGCGGCCACGUGCUGCUGGACCUCAUCGCCGGCCUCCGCUGCUACAUCUUCCGCAAGGAGCUGCCGGUGGUGCUGAAGGCGUUCGUCCACGGCGACGGCGCGCUGUUCGACAGCUACCCGGAGCUGGAGGAGGCCACCGUGUGGGUCUACUUCCACUCCAACCUCUUGGAGUUCAACCGCAUCGAGUGCUGGGGCCCGCUCUGGGAGGCCGCGUCGAUGGGUCCCCCAGAGGGUCAGCGGGAGGAGGCGGGAGGAGCGCCGGCGGAGAGGCCGCGGCGGUGCGAGGCGGAUUGCAAGUGCUGCUUCCCGCCGCAGAGCUUGAUCCCGUGGAAGCACGACUUGCUGGAAGAGUACCGGGGAGCCUGCUCCGGCGGCCGACUGCAGCAGUGAUUAAGAAAGAUGAAGAAGUUGACUAAUGUUAAUUUGGAAAUUGGAUCGAAAUUAAAGAAUGGGUUGGAAGAUCAUAAUUUAUUCUUUCACAUGAUAAUUAAUUAAUGUCACGAAGGCUAGGAAUCCAUUUGUAAAUGUAAAUGCCCUCGAUUGUAAACAUAUUUGUUGGUAAAUUUAUCAAAAGAAGUUCUAGUGCUA